AUGGCUGCCGCAGAGACGCCGCCGCCGACCGGCGGGAUGGGCUUCCUGGGGCUGCUCAGCUUCCGCCGCAGCGCCACCGCCGUCGCCUCCUUCGACCCGGCGCAGGACGACGAGCUGCUCGUCCUCGACGCGCUCCAGGCCCACGUCGCCGACCGCCUCGCCGCGCUCUCCACCUCCGCGCAGCAGGGACAGCAGGGGCCGGUGCUCUCGCUCGCGUUCCUCUCCAAGCUGCUCGACGCGGUGGUGUCCUCGGACGCCGCGUUCCGGGACGCCCUCGCCGUGGGCCCCGUGGGCGCCGCGCUCGCCAGGCCCCCCGCCGACCGCCUCGCCGCCGACCUGCUCGACCGCUCCGUCAAGGCGCUCGACGUGCUCAACGCGGUCUCCCUCGCGCUCGCCUCGCUCCGGGGCUCCCACCGCGCCGCGCUCACCGCGGCCUCCUGCCUCCUCGCCGCCGACGCGCCGCUGCUCCACCGCGCGCAGUUCGCGCGCGCGCGCCGGGCCAUCUCCAGGCUCUUCCCGGACUCCAGGGCCGCGCCGUCGACCCCGUGCAGCUCGCGCGCCGCCCGCGCGCUCUCCUUCAGCGUGUCGUCCAAGAACUGGUCCACGGGGCGCCACGUGCACGCCAUGGCGGCGCACCUCGCGCCGCCGCCGCCGCAGGCCGCCACCGCCCCUGGCGCCGGGGGCGGGCUCGGGCUGGCACUCUACACCAUGAGCUCCGUCCUCGUGUUCGCCAUGUGGGCGCUCGUCGCCGCCGUGCCGUGCCAGGACAGGGCCUCCGCUGCCGCCCCCAUCGCGCCGGCCAAACAGGCGCAGUGGGCGGCGCCCAUGACGGCCCUCCAGGAGCGUAUCAUCGAUGAGUCGAGGCGCAGGGACAAGAAGGGGUCGUCCUCCGGGGCGUCCUCGCCGGCGUCCGCGGGGCUCCUCGCCGAGAUGCAGGCCGUGGAGCGCGUCGCGCGGGAGCUCAACAGCCUCCUCGAGGAGAUCGCCGAGGAGGAAGACGAGGCCGUGGAGGUGGAGGCCCCGGCGUCCAUCAGCGAGGAGCGCGCGGGGGACGUCGUGGAGCGCGCGGAGGCGCUGGCCGGCGCGUGCAGGGCGCUGGAGGACGGCCUCGCGCCGCUGGAGCGGCAGGUGCGCGCCGUGUUCCACCGCGUCGUGGCCAGCCGCGCCGAGGUCGUGCGCUGCAUGGAGCACAGCGCGCGCAGCACCGCCGGGUCCGCCUCCGGCGCGGCGGCGCAGCAACCCCAUUCCUUCUGAGCAGAGGACGGCUGAUUAGGAUUAAAAAAUGCCUUCUUUCUCUGCUCAGCUGUACCAUUCUUUGAUUUGUAUCACUACUUCUGGCACUCUCUCCGUGCCUGUGUGAUCUUGUGUAUGUAGAUGUAUGGCUUGGCUGUAAAAACUAACUUUUUUUGGAUUGAUUUA